UGAAGAACAUCCUGAAGGUAUUCAGUUAAAAUCUGAACAUUCACCUGAUUGUGGUAAUGACUCUCAAAAUAUAAGCCAAGAAAACAAUAGUUUACUUCAAGAGGAGGCAUUGAAUUUAAGUGAUACUUAUGAUUCAAACGGACAAAUAUCUAAACAAUGUUAUCAGUCAAAUGAAAUAAGUGGAGAAACUGAAAAUGGCAGAUUUAGAGAAACUUUAAAUCAAACCAAACAAAAACAACAAGAGAUGCAUUCAGAUGGCUUGAAAAAUUCAAAAACAGUUGCGAAAAUUGCAAACACAAAGCCAGGUGUAAAUAAUGAAAGUACAUCUGUUCAGUCCGGUCACAAUGCUGUGAAUAGUUGUAAAGAAUGUAAUGGUACAGGCCAAAUGCCUCAAUCACCUGAUGAUGUUGCUAUACCGGAACAUUGUGAUAGAAGAAAGUCAGAAGACCAAUCUACAAGCUUAAGGGCAAUUGGUAGUGAAUUGAAUGAUACGAAGUCAAAAACGGAAAUUUUAUUGGAGAACACAAAUGUGAAAGCCAGUGAAAAAAUUUCUUCAUCUGAUGUACCAAAUUUACAUGCAGAUUUUUCAUUUUCUGGAGAUUUUGCAGGAAUAAAUCCAAAUAGAAAUGCUGAAGAAGAAUGAGAAAUUAUGGUAGUGCAUUUUCAAGAACCUGUCUUGCCAGUAUAACUCUUUGCAAUACAUGUACCUGGGAACAGUAUAUCUAUAUAUCAAUAUAUAUGUUCCUGCAUGUACCAAGCUUUAUAUUGUAAAUUAUUUAUUUUAUGGAGAUAGAUUUGCAUAUGAAUGAGAAGGCUCAACUAGUAGAUUCUUAGCCAUUAUUAGCACCCUUUGAGGAUAUAAUUUUUUCUCCAAAUAUUAUGAAUUAACAUGGAUAGCUGAAUUUAAAAACUAUUUUGUUAGUGUUAAAAACUAUUUUUAAGUCUUAGCUUAAUAACAUGAAAAAAAGGUUGACCAGUAUUUUUUAUACAAACGCAAAAAUAAAAUUUUUUUUCGUCAUAUAUUGGUAUCACGUUGUCGCUUCAGCGUCGUCCGAAGACAGAUGGUUUCCGGAUAAUAACUUUAGUAUAAGUAAAUAGAAAUCAAUAAAAUUUUAACACAAGGUAUAUAACCACUAAAGGAAGGUUGGGAUUGAUUGUGGGGGUUAUGGUUCCAACUGUUUAGGAAUAAGUGGUCAAAAAAGGGCCCAAAUAAGCAUUUUUGUAGUUUCCAGACAAUAACUUGUGUUAAAGUGUAUGAAUCUCUCUGAAAUUAUACAAGUUUCCAUACUACAAAGGGAUGGUUAGGAUUGACUUUGGGGGGGUUAUCGCUCCAACCAUUAUGGAAUUAGGGGCAAAAAAAGGGGAAAAACACUGCUUGUAAAUUAUGUAUUAAGAAAUGGUGAUUGUCUGAGAUACUGACCAUAACUUGAGGGAAAGAAUUAUUUUUUGGAAUAAGGGAAAGGGGGGAGGUGAAAAAAAUUGGGGGGGACAAUUUUUCUCAUUUUAGAAUUUCUUCAAAUAUUUUUUUUGGGGGUUAAUAUUCAACAGCAUAGUGUAUUGCACAAACGCAAAAAAACAGGGUAAAUUUUUU